UUUGCCCUCAGAACAGCCUCAAUUCGUCAGGGCAUGGACUCUACAAGGUGUCGAAAGCAUUCCACAGGCCAUGUUGACUCAAAUGCUUCUCACAGUUGUGUAAAUUUGGCUGUAUGUCCUUUGGGUGGUGGACCAUUCUUGAUACACACGGGUAAAUGUGGAUCGUGAAAAACCCAGCAGCAUUGCAGUUCUUGACACAAACCGUUGGACCUGGCAGCUACUACCAUACCCCUUUCAAAGGCACUUAAAUAUUUUGUCUUGCCCAGUCAUCUUCUGAAUGGCACACAUACACAAUCCAUGUCUAGAUUGUCUCAACGCUUAAACAUCCUUCUUAAACUUGUCUCCUCCCCUUUAUCUACACUGGUGGAUUUAACAGGUGACAUCAAUAAGGGAUCAUAGCUUUCACCUGGUCAGUCUGUCAGGGAAAGAUAAUGUUUUGUACUCAGUGUGUUGUUGCUGUUUUAAGAACAUUCAGAAUUUCUAUUCGAUGAUGGGAUCAAGUUAUAUUGUUUGAUAUUCCAAUUUAGACUUUACUCAACAUUUUGGUCUGCCAUGUAAUUGAAUUUACUGUAGAAUCAAAGCUGAGGUUUUUGGCUUGUCACACCAUAGAUUGUGCAGAUAUAUUUGCUGUCACCUACUUACAGCCCUAUGUGUGUUUUAAUAGAUUAAUUGUAUCAUAUUCUUAAUUGAACCAUUUUCCCAUUUUUGUGUUUUCAAAAAAGCAAUACUUUAUAGAGAAAUUAACAUCCUCCUAGCUGACUUAGAAGACCCUGAGUGUUCAAAUCCUGCUGUGCCUGGUGCAUCACACAGUUGGAGUGUGAGGAAGGAACUCACAGGAGGGAGUCCAGGCCUGAGAUGGUAGAUUCUCUGCUGGCUGCAGAGCAUGCUUCUCAGAAGAUCUGUCAGUCAUGCAAUGUGAAAAGGGUUAUUCUGCGAUGUAGAGACUGUCUGCCGAAACAGCUUUACUGCGAUGUCUCUACACAUGCAAAGUUCCCCCUGCACAUGAGUCCAUGAUCGAGGGGUUCUACACGCCCUUUCCUCCAACUACAGCCAUAUCUCUCCACAGUGAUGGCAAAUAUGCACUUCAUGAACAGGAGGUGAUAUGUGGUUGCCUGACAAGCACCAUCCAUGUUGGCCCUGGGAAACGUAUAAUACUUGUAGGAAUAAAUGGUCGCUACAAUGUCACAGUGCCUGUGCUUACCUGCACAACUUGUCUUAGCACCUGGACAGCAAACUUGGCAGAUCUGAUAAAGAAUGGGUACUGGCCUGCAACUGUCAACUGUGACAUCAUAUACCAUGUAGAUCUGUUCAGCUCUUUUGAGGAGCUGAAAGUGUCAGCCCCAGGAAUGUCCCGUCUGGCGUUUAUGCGGAUUUUGGAGCAACGUACUGACUACUUUGGCAGGAACAGAGUGAUCUGUGGGGACACUUUUCAAAAAAGCUUCUUUGAGUGGACGUACUGCCGCUCUGAAAUGGAUCAGGUCUGUGAUAUACAGUACUUUGACUUUCCAGCCUGUUCACCCAGCAUGCUUGCAGUGUCUGUGGAUGGGAACAAGAAGCUGUAUCAAUUCAAAAAAGGGGUUAUGGAAAAGGGGUAUGUGGAGCAUCCCAGUGGACAGCAGCUAAAGAGCCAUCAAGGAAAACAAACAACAAACUUGAUGAAGAGGGACUCGAAGUUGCCGUCUGCCGCCAAGGAAUACUUCUAA